AUGUCUCGCAGAACUUCCAGAUCACACAAAAGCGAUGGAGAAAGUGGUUCUUUCUGUAUAACUGUGGAGGAGUUGUUGGAAACUAGUAUUUCAGAAGAGGCAAAUAAAGCAAGAUGCAAAGAUGCAAUAAACGCAGAUUCCGACAGAAGGUCAAGUCCAGAUGAACGUAGACGACAUAAAUCUCGCUCCCGCGAAAGACGACGUAAAUCUCGCUCCCGCGAAAGACUAAGACGCAGUCCAUCAAGAUCACCAAGUUCAUCACGAAGUAGAAGGAGUUCUCGCAAAUCAAGAUCAUCGCAAAGUAGAAGGAAUUCACCAACAUUGCGAAGUAGAAAUAAAAAUGGAAGUCAUACAUCACACAAUAAAAAUGGAAUGCCUAUUCAAACUAGGGUGUUAACAGAGCAACAUCUCUUGCAACAAGAAGGAAUAGAAAUUGAACUCAAGUCAUUGAGCCUAAAGGCAGAGGAUGAAUUAUCCAACCGACGCAAAACAGGAGGGAUAUAUCACGAGGUUUCGGCUAAUUUUAGAAGCAUUAAGAAAAGAUUGAAACAUCUUUCAAAGAAUCAUAAGACAUUCUCAAUUGAUGAGGCUGUUGAAAUAUCUGAUGCAGCAUUUCUCUUGAAGCUUUCGAAAAAACCUGAACGUGAGAUUCAGUUGGCGGGGAAAAUGGCUCAUAGAGGUGCCCUUUUGAUGCUUGAAGCAGAUAUGUUAAAAGAGAAAGGGCGUGAACUACUUGACCAAGCCAAACACAAGUUAGGGAUGGCAGAUCUUUAG